AUCGACCGCGGGGACGGGGACCGAUAUCCCGGAGGACUCGCAUCGCGAUCAACCCUUCAUCGGAGUCUUUCAGCCGGCGAAGAGAGCAUUUCCAUGGCACGCAUGGCUACCGCUUGGCGGCAAGGCAUCGGACGGAUGGCCUUGGCCGAUGAGCGACAAGGAAAGACCAAGAUGAAUGCGGUCGCGGCGGCCCGAGACAUCUUCGCGCUCCGGCGUAAUCGGACGCAUGCGGACGGAUGGCCGUCAAGCUUCAUUCAGUGUGGAGAGUCGACUUGGCAAAGCUCAUCACAUCAUUGCUAUACGUUGAUUUCUGCCAACUGGACCUCUAUCGAGUCCGAGCAGCUGCCACGGAAUGAAGCACGACAUCUGGUCGACUGCAGGGCCAAGACGGCCUUUCGCAGAGAUCAGCCGUUGGCAGCGGACAGAUGCAGCGUGGAAGUUGAACUGAGGGAACUUGACCUUCGGACCAAAUCAAGUGUCUCGGGAUUCCUCUCUGGAGCUGCUUCUCAGCCGCAUCAACAAACCUUUGGAAGGCCCCAGACAUGUCUCAUUUCCUUCAGCUGGGUCAACAUGGCUCGAAGGCCUCGGCAGGAGUACACAAGGACAAAGGAAUGCCUUUUUGAUGAUGGAGCACCGCAGGCUCACAGCAUCAGAACCAUCUACCUAGAUCGCUUCGAUUGAUCGUCUACCGACUUUUGAAAGUAGCCUCUUUGCACGAGGAAGCCUAUCCGCGCGAUCAGCCACUGUAAUGAGGAGCCCAUCCAGAUGACGUGGCUGGAUGGGUCCGGCAUUGAUUCUGUGUCAGUGAUUCCAACUUCCAAGCCUCGUACGUGGAUGAAGCUUCAGGGCAGAAGCACCUCAAAACG